UGUUACAACUAUAAAAUAAAUGACCAACUUUUUUGUGCUAAGUGUAAAACAAUGGUGCAAUUGUUCCCAAAAAUGACCCAACCAUGUCUAAAUUCCUGAAGGCGAACAGGAGGUGUUUAAGGGUUAAAUUAGGUUCGUCAUGUCUCUGAAAUCCGACCCAGUUCCUGAUGAAUUAGCCCGGCCGCGGUCGGAACACUUUGUUUUCUACCGGUUCUUUUCGGGCAUAGGUUCCACAGGUGAGUUUCUUCGUGUCGGCAGGUAAUUCGGCACGAGACGCUGUUAAUGUUAAAGUUAAACUCGCGCGCCCCUCCCCGCUCGAGGCGAACCACCACCACCUCCUCGGAGUUCUCCCACAUGGCGACGAAAACGACGGAAUUACGACUUUUAUAUAAAAACCCGUGUUUAUGAAAACUGAGUCCGGCAGACCGCAGGCAAAUGUGAACCAUGGUGGAUUACAGUAUUUCAGAAGUACCAGGAGCCCUCUUCUCCAAGCCCGGCGGGCCUUCUAAAAUGGAGGGUCUGGCACUGACGGCCUUGCUGGAAUGUCCCCUUUGUUUGGAGCAGUUGGACACGUCUGCCAAGGUCCUGCCCUGCCAGCACACUUUCUGUGUGACUUGCCUGCAGAGGCAGGAGGAGGCUUCCUGCUCCCAGCUCCUCUGCCCGGAGUGCGGCGCCCCCGCCCUGGUCCGGACCGUGGAGGAGCUACCUGAAAACCUGCUGCUCGUGAGGCUCCUGGAGGGGCUCCAGGGCCUCUCCGGGCCCGACAGAGACAUUCAGCAGGUCAUCUACGACGUACCCCCYGGCGUGGAGGACGAGCUGCUGGAGAGUCAAAACAGAGAGAAGCAAGGGCAGAGUGAGGGGGACAUCCUCACUGUCAUCAGACGAGUCGAUGAGGACUGGAUUGAAGCCAAACUUGGGGAGAAAGUUGGACUUUGUCCUCAGCAGUUCGUAGAGCCAAACUCCGCUGCUGCCAAACUGCUAAAAGGAAGGCGUCGAAGUGGGAGUGACUCAGCAGAAUAUCACCAUCAGGCAGGGAGCGGGGCCAAAGACAAGACCACUGACUCAUCCAACCGGCCUGCCCGUUACGGAGUCCCUCAAGUCCUGGCAAAGACGCCCAUCAUCAAUGCGUCGUCUCACUCCAGCCAGAGGAAACAGCCCACAGGCGACCGCGGCAGCAGCUUCCAGGCGUCUUCCAAGAGCUUCAAACCUCGAGGUCAGCCGCAACACCCGUCAGAGCACGCUGGCCUCCCGCGAAGCCUCUCUUACCCCUCAACGGUGAAUUCCCGGCGAAUUAGCCGGCGCUCUGACUCUCAUAGACGCCUACAGGGGGAAAAGAAGAUGACCAGUGAGACGCCGCCUACAGUCUCCAUGGCUCUGGUGAACCCCCAAAUGCCCUCUGCCUCUGCAGACGGCAAGAACUCCUCCACGCAGCAGCUCUCCAUCAGUGUGUGCGCCGUCCUGUACUCCUACAAACCUCGACAGCCAGAGGAGCUGGAGCUGAGGAGAGGAGAGAUGGUGGGAGUGUAUGGAAAGURCAAAGAGGGCUGGCUGCGUGGGCUGUCGCUCAGGACGGGCAAAGUUGGCAUCCUUCCCAGCAACUACAUCACCCCCGUGCUCAGAACGUCAGCCAGAAUUGUGGAGACCAGAGCAGCUAAUGUGUUCUCACAGUUAAACACAUUGUCUGGAAGGAAACCCGCAGCGACAAAGAAUCCUGCUGUGGUGCUGGRGCUCGAUAAGGUGAAUGGUGAUGGAGCGAUGUUCUCAAUGGGGCAGUUCUCAUCUGGGCCAAAUGGAGCACAGCAUGCAAUGUCGUCCGCCGGCGCUGCCAAACCGUCCAGUGCUCAAGGUUGGGACACCGUGAGGCGCGCUUUUAACCCACAUAAAGCCUCGAACCGUCCCUCUCACAUGUCCACCUUCAGCAUGCCAUCCAACUCGCAACCUUUUGCACAGGUGCAGGCGUCGGGUUACUCGCCUGCCCUGCAGAGAAAGAAAAUCAGCAGCAUCCCGUCUAACUCACACAAACUGCACGGCUGGAUGACUGAGCCAGCGGCGCCCUCUGCUGCCGCAACAAUGAAGUACAAAGACUUUGCCUCUUCUGCAACAUUUCACUACCCCAGACAGCCUGUGAACACGCCUCAGUCGAUUCUGGUCAAACCUGAUGCUCACAAGCACCAUACAGACAAGCAUCAGAAGUCGGUGCGGUUUCAAGAAGAUGAAGACUCCCCUCCUCCGAGACAUCGCACCUCCUCUUGGUCGUCGGGAACUCAGCUUCACCCCAACUACCGUCCCGGACCCUCGCCUUUAGAGGUGUGGGCCCCGUCGCUCACCAUGGGAAGAGAUGGACCAGGGAUUAUUCUCAAAGAAGGAAAAGGUCCAGUUCUCAGGAAAGGCCUGGAAACGUCCAUCUCAGACCAGAAACCACUGCACUCGCAGCCAUCGCAGUCAGCCCUGUCAGCUCAGUUCAGCCCUAUCAGAUCCAGAGUGACCACAACACAUUUAGCCCAGAUYGACUCGGAGCUCACUCUGCUUCAAGGAGAGGUGGUCCUCGUCCACAGACCCCGGCCUGACGGACGGGUUCUUAUCACACAGGAGAGCAGUGGGCAGACGGGCUUAUUCCACAGCAGUAUUCUUCAGUCUCUGGAGAGGCUCAGCUGACUCUGUGUUCCUGCUGCACUUAUAUAAAUAUUUCUGUGUUUUUAAUCAAAUUGCCAAAGGACUUCAGUGGAAACAGUUUGGGACCAAAAGUUAAUCCUGCCAGUCGACAAUCAGAAGAAAUAUGUUUGCUUUUGGUCCUGAGAGCGWGGGCAAAAUUUUCUGGAGACAUAUUUUGUGUUCUUGAAUGUGUGUGUGCAUGUUUGUGACACUCAAAACUUUUGCACUGAAACCCACUUUAUGACUACAUAACCAUGUUACACAGUGAUGAGUGCCUUUGUCAAAAUGUACUACAGAAAGGAGGUAUAUUUGAAUACAUUUAGAGAAAUUAUAAUGUAAAAUAUGUGUACAGCUUACAUGUUAUUAAAAUCUAGUUGCUCAACUUGA